AUGGAGUCUCUAGAAGUUAUGUUUGGUGCUCCUUCAGAGAAGGCUCGUUUAGAUGCUGUCAGGGCUUUCAUGAAUGAGAAGAUGAAAAAAGGCAUUUCGGUCAAGGUACAUAUUUUGAACAUGAUUGAUCACCUCCACGAGGCAGGGCUCAGUGGUACUAGGAUCGAUGAAGCCACCCAAGUUGGCAUCAUCUUGGAAAGUCUAUCCCUCGAUUUUCAUGAGUUCAUAAACAACUAUGUUAUGAACAAGAAAAGGUCUAACCUUACUGAACUCUUGAAUGACCUGCAAAACUUCGAAUCCACCAACAAAAGUAGGGGAGGAGAAGCAAAUGUUGUUAUUGCAGGAGGAUCUGGUAAAAAUAAAGGAAGAACCAGAACCAAGGCAAAGGGAAGAAGGGAAAGAACAAGAAACCUAAGAAGACCAAAGGCUCUAACCAGAAACCCAAGGGAAAGUGUUUUGUCAUGCCCCGAAGCCGGCGUCGGUGACGUGCAGGCUCGAUUAAGGGUUAAACGCGAUUAA